GGAUCAGGGAGCAAUCUUCCUCACGACCUCGAUCUAGAAGCACUCCACGCUCCACAGUACUCUGUCUCUACUCCACACGAGCAAAAGUCAACCAAAGCUCAUAGCUCCGUUUCCAUCGCAUUCUUCUUCCAUCCCUCCAUCAAUCCAAGAACCUAGCAGACGCCAUCAGCAUGAGCUGGUCCGACCUGCCAGCCGAGCUCGUAGCCGGGAUCGCCGACAGGAUAACCGAGCAUGUGGACCUCGCGCGCUUCCGCUCGGUUUGCCCAUCUUGGCGCUCGGCCUCGGUGGAGCACGCCGCCCGCCGCCGCGUGCCCCUGCUUCUCCUGCCCUCCCAGCAGAACUCCCGCGUCAACCGCAGUCUCUGGUCCCUCGCCGACGACAGCAUCACGGAGAUCCCGAUGCCCGCAGCGUGCGGCCGCUCCUUCCUCUUCGCCUCGCCGCGCGGCUGGACGCUCGCCGUGGCCGACGACUUCUCGGCCACGCUGCUGCACCCCUUCACGGGCGCGUCGGAGAGCCUGCCCGCGUUGCCGCCAUCCUUCCACGACGGGUAUCAGAUGAUCCUCCGUGACAUGGUCUGGGACCGGUCGCCUGACGCCGUCAUGGUCUCGCAGGGCAAGGGCGCGUUCUUCUGCCGGCUGCAGGGCGACGGCAGGUCGUGGACCCCCGCCGACCUCUCGCCGCCAGCUCGCGUCGGCAGCAUCACCUACUGCGACGGCGCGUUCUACCUCCUUGACAAGCGCGCCAACAAGGUGACGGCCGUGGACGGCGCGACCUUCGCCGUGGCCGCCGCGAUCGAGCCGCCAGAUCUGGCGAUGCCCGACCGCUCGUGGGCACGCGAGUCCACGCUCGUCGUGUCGUCCGCCUCCGAGCUCCUCCUCGUUGUGCACGGAGGAUGCCACCGCUCGAAGGGCCUCUUCAAGGCCUUUCACGCGGACCGCGGGAGCCUGGUGGCCGGGUGGUCGGAGGUCGCCGGCGGCGGCCUCGGCGACCGCGCCGUGUUCGUGGACCACGCCCGCGGCUUCUGCGUGGAGGCGAACGGGGUCAACGGGGUGCGGAGGAACUGCGUGUACGUGGCCAGCGCGCACGAGGAGGCCAACGCCAACGCCAACUCCGGGUGGGGCGACUGGGGGAGGUACACCGUCUCCAUGCUCGACCUCGACGGCCUCACCACCCAGAAUCUCUCCCACGGCAACCUCUUGAAAUGCCUGCACGGUAGGCAGCGCCCUUCCUGGUCGAUGCCAAAUCUGCAUUGAUCUUACUCCUCCAAACGAAACAACGUGUGCGAGUUGAUCGCAUUGAGGUCGGUUGGUUGCAGUAAUAAGCAGAGCUGCCAGUUCGUGUACUAUUCUACGAGAAGUGAAAGAUCUAGCUUCAGUUACAAGAAUUUGAUUAUCAAAUGUGUCACCGUGUUCAGAACAAAGUACAGUACCAGCCUUUGUAUCAGUGUAUGUUUCUCUUCA